AUGGCGUCAAUGCCAUUGUACUGGCAACCACCACCAGCUACAGAGCUCCCACUACACUCUUCCUCCACUUCUGCCUCCGGCCAUUCCACCAUCGGCCCAUUCAUCGCCGUCCUCAUCCUUGUCAUCGUUCUCUGCAUUCUCGCCAGCGUUCUUGGACGGCUUUGCUCUGGCAAAACCAUCUUAGGCUACGGUGACUACGAUAUGGAGAGAUGGGCAGAGAGUAGAUGCUCUUCUUGUAUCGACGGCCACAUCCUUCCUCACCGACCGUCUCCGUCGCCUCCUCCUCGGCCUGAGGGACACGCGGCAGAUCCAGAUGAGACUGAUGGUGAGAGACAAGAUUCUCUAGAUCAUCAUGAGCCUCCACCACAGACAUCAUCGUCAUCGUCUGCUCAUUAUUGA